UAUGCUUGGCCUUGUGUUCAGGCAGAUGCACGGUGGAGAGGACAUGGUCGCCGGUUACUUUUCAGACGACGAGGGAGCAGCCGAUCCUUUACCACGGGAGCGUCUUAUGACCUCCAGGAAUCACGUCGUACGUCCACUUUCUUGUGCGAAUCUUGAUGCGCCUGAUGACAACCCAACCACAUAUCCAGGGUUACUGUGAGCCCAUGAGGCUUGUUUGGUGGUUUCUUCUUGUCCACGGCACAUCCCCACUUGAAUCCGCCCGCGUCUCUUCUUUCCAAGCCCUUACCACCGUCCUUUCCCCUCUCCUCCCUCCCUCCCUCCUCUCUGAGCUCCCCGAACGGCGCAUCGUCCAUGUGCCUAUAAAAAGACCGACUUUUCCCCUUGUUUUGCUUUUGUUCGAGCCACGAAUCCCUUUGGUGUUGCUCUGCAUUAGGGGGGGCUUAAUGGCGGCGGCUUCCUCGCGAGGGAGGAGGGAGCCCCUGCGGCAAUGGAGGGACCGGGAGACGAGUCCCGAGAGGACCAAGGUGUGGAAGGAGCCGAAGCCGAGGAGGGUCCCCGUGGUGUACUACCUCUCCCGGAAUGGCCAGUUGGAGCACCCCCAUUUCAUGGAGGUCACCCUCUCCUCCAGCCACGGCCUCUACCUCAGAGAUGUGAUCGAACGUCUCAACUUUCUCAGAGGCCAGGGAAUGCCCAGUUUGUACUCUUGGUCCUCCAAACGGUGCUACAAGAAUGGAUUUGUGUGGCACGAUCUGUCCGACGACGAUCUGAUCUACCCGGCGCACGGCCAUGAGUACGUCCUCAAGGGGUCGGAGCUCCUCCAACCCGUCUCCUCUCCCAGUUCCCAGGACACCAUUGCCCCAUUUUAUGCCUCCGACAAGCCGCUGCCGAUCCCCAAAUCCGUGCACGAAGAUCCCGAAAUCUUGCAAAUUAGGAAAAAAAGGGCGCCUUGGAGCUCCCUCGACCUCAACGAGUACAAGGUCUACAAGACCGACCUGGCGGUGGAGACCGGCGUCAAGGCUGCGGACGCGUCCACGCAGACCGACGACGGGAGGAGCAGGCACCGGGCCGCUGUUGCCAGGGACGACGGGCGCCGAGCGGAGAUCCCGAUGGUGGAGGAGGCCGAGCCCCCAACCACCGAGCUGGAGCGGGAAGAGAUCUCUCCGCCGCCGUCGUCUUCGAGCCCGGAGACCCUGGAGACACUACUUAAGGCGGACGUACGGGCGUCGGCUUCCGCGGCCACGACUGUGGGGCUCGACGACCACGACCCUACGGUGGGGGGCUAUGCAAGCGGGCGGAUGCGAGCGUCGGCGGUGCUGAUGCACCUGCUGUCGUGCGGCUCCAUCAACGUGAAGGACCAUCACGGUAUCUCGGCGUCGCCGCCGUCGUGCAAGGAGAAGGUUGCGCCACGUGGAGGGUCCGAUUUCGGCGGCGCGAAAGUGGCGGACGGCUUGAUGGAGGGCAACAGCUUCUCGCGGAUCAGGCUGGAGGAUAAAGAGUACUUCAGCGGGAGCUUGAUCGAGACGAAGAAGGGAGGCGACGGCCGUGCCGACUUCCCCGGCCUGAAGAGGUCCUCCUCUUACAACGCGGACAGGUGCUCGAAACUGGAGCUUGCGGAGAAGGAAAUCGAGGGCGUCCGUGCCAAAUGCAUCCCCAGGAAGCACAAGGCCGUGGAAAGGAGAGAGGCAAACGCACCAAUCUCGCGCAGCACCCUCGGAAGCAAGAGGAUCAACGAUGAACCCCGGGAUGAAUAAGAGUCUUUGGGAGCUAACGUAAGGAGAACGAAUCAGUAAGAGACUGCGUCAGCCUUAAAAGCCCCAAAGAACAAUAGAGUAAGAAUCUGUUCUGCAACCGAGGAGCAUUCGUCUCAUGUAUGUGAAUGCUUUCUUUUGCCUUUCCGAUCAAGGCACGUUGUUAUGCCAACGAGAGAGGCAUUCAAGGAAAAGCAACGCAGUUUAGCUCCACGAAACCUCUUUUGCGUGUGUACUAAAAACAAGGCAUCGAGAAUCACUAACUACUUCUUUGACUUGGUUA